AUGGGAACUAGAGGUGGAGAUGACCCAGUCGCUACCACAUUGACGAUCCUUGGCUGCGGUCUGGGGAAACCGGGUCCAGCGUCAGAUGCCACGAGUGGAUAUCAGGUUAGGAUUCACUUUCCAAUCGCAGAGGCGAGUCUGGGCAUUGUGUACAGAGUCACUCCAGGAAACGCUGUUCCGUCGGCAGCAGAAGUCUUCCAUAACCAUGCCCUCGCAACCUUUGGAACAAAGGCCCAAAAACAAGUUCAAUUGCGCUUCAUCCUGCCAAGCCACGACGUUCCAUCGGCUCAGCAGCCUCGGCUUCAACAGUCAGACGAUCGACAGCACUUGGUUCCGGGAACUUCGCUGGGAAGCACAAACCGAAUCUAA